AACAGUUGUGAAUUGCCGGCGCUCGGGCAACCAGGAAACCCGCAAGGUGUCCUCUGAAUUCAACGAGGAUACCUCCAUUAUUCUUUUUUACCGACUUCGGACACCUCCCCCUCACACCGAAACAUGGUUGUGGUAACAGCCGGGUCCGCGGGCCCCCAAAAAGUGCUCCUGAUAUCCGGGAAGCAGAGCGGCCUCUCCCCGGUGGGCUACAGCCGGCCCAUCUCCGUCCUCCUGCCGCCGGCCAGCCCCGCGUCGUCGGACUCGGACUCCAACAACUCGUCCGCGGGGCCGCCGGUACGGAAGCGGCAGAGGCUCACACACCUGAGCACGGAGGAGAAAGCGCUUCGCAGGAAACUGAAGAACAGAGUCGCUGCUCAGACAGCCAGAGACAGGAAAAAGGCCAAAAUGGGCGAGCUGGAGCAGCAAGUCCUGGAGUUGGAACUGGAGAACCAGAAGCUUCACAUUGAGAACCGGCUCCUUCGGGAAAAAUCCAGUGGCCUCCUGACAGAGAACGAGGAGCUGAGACAGAGACUUGGGCUGGAGCCCCUGGACACUAAAGAGGAGGUUCAGAGUUUGUUGUCCAGCGGGAACGACGCAGGUUUGGGGAUCGGGUCUUCUGAGCGCAGCACUCAGGCUACGUGUGCCUCCGCAGCAGGUGCAGGCCCAGCAGCCCCCAAAUCUGAAGACUUCUCAAUGGAUUCAGAUGAUUCUGACUCUUCAGACAAUGAGUCUGAUUUGCUCAUGGGCAUUCUGGACAUCCUUGACCCAGAGCUGUUCCUCAAGUCCUGCGAACAGGAGUGCCCGGAGCCGCCGGUGCUGCUGGUCGGAGGGGGGGACGCAGUACCUGCCGCCGCACCUGCGCCUCUGGGGGCCCCACCAGUUAAGCUGGAGGCCCUUAAUGAACUGAUCCACUUUGACCACAUCUACACGAAGCCCGUGGAGGAGGUGGGCGCGGGCGGUCAGUGUGACGGCUGGGAGAGCGACACGGAGGAUGAGGAUGAAGAAGAAGACGAAAAGAAAAGCGACGAGGCCGCCUACAUCGUCGUUGUUGCCGAUGACGACGUGAUCGUGGAGGAGGAGACGGUCUGCGUGAAGGACGAGCCGGAGGAGGUGGUCAUCCCCGGCAACCCGCUGGAUGACUUUUUCUCCGGCGUCUCGGCGGCGGCCCUCGGCGGCGGCGGCCUGGACAAGGAGGCGUGUCUCGCCGACACUUACAGCGACUCUGGGUACGAGGGGUCCCCGUCCCCAUUCAGCGACAUGUCCUCCUCGCCGCUGUGCUCCGAGAGCACCUGGGACGACAUGUUCGCCAACGAACUCUUCCCCCAACUUAUCUGAAGAUAAAUCGACAACCCCGAUAAGUUAUAAUAUAUAAAAGAUAUAUAUACACGUCUGAAAGAGGUCACGGCUCGAUGGUCUCGUGUAUUUAUCUAUAAACUGAAGUUAAGCACAUAAUCUCCUUUUUCUUAUUACAGCAGGUCUGUAUCAUUGGCGACGCUGCAGUGACUUGUGGGAGAUGGAGUUUAUUUCUUUUGGCACCAAUUAAUUAUCGCAGAGGAUUUCUGAAAAAGAUUAAUAACAAUUUUUUUUUGCGGAGUCCAGUAUUUUCUGUAAAUGAAUAUAAAGGGGGAGGGGGCCGACCAUUUAAAUAUAACCUUUUUAUUUAUUUGUACCCUGCUUUCGGAGUCGCUGUACGUGUAAAGACGCUUUUUUCUUCUCUCCUGAUUCGUUGUCGCUCUCCAUGUAGUCUGAAGUCUUAAUUACUGCAUUAAAAAACUUUUUUUUUGCAUUGCA